AUGCCUUCUUCUCAACCAAUACAAGCGCUGCCUCCUGAUGUGAUAGCAAAGAUCAAGUCAUCAACCUCAAUUUCUCAUUUGAAUGGUGUUAUUGUGGAGUUAAUCAAGAAUUCCUUGGAUGCAAAUGCACGUACGAUCUUCGUGACUGUCGACUUCAAAUGUGGUGGUUGUAUAGUUGAAGACGAUGGCGAUGGGAUCCCUCCAGCUGAAUUCGAAGCGAAGGGAGGUCUCGGCAAAGCUCACCAUACGUCUAAAUUCAAUUUGAGUGGCUCGUUUGGCCACCGUGGGUUGUUCUUGGCCUCACUGGCCUCGCUGUCUUUGUUGACUCUGACCUCUCAUCAUAUGCAACAUGAGAGCACUAACUCCAUUAUAUUGCAUCGUUCGACGCCUGUUGCGCGGCUGACCCCUGCACCGCCGCAUCAAGUGCUCCGUUCUGGCAGUCAUGGCACGUCUGUUACGGUCAAUGACCUUUUUGGGAACAUGCCAGUUCGUGUCAAGAGUCGAGCACUCGCUCUUCAGAAGUCUGAUGAGAUGGACCGAGAGUGGGCCAACCUGAGAUACUCGUUGGUGUCUCUGUUGUUGGCGAAUCCCCAACUCUCGAAAGUAGUCCUCUCCGAUACCGAGAAAACUAGACGGAUCUCCAUUCGUCUUGGUGUCACUUCUGUAUCCAAUUUACAUGUCUCACGCAGCGAUAACGAGUUCAGCCUCAAGCGCGUUGGUUCAAUACUCGCACAAUCGGGCCUGAUUUCUUCCCGACACGUAGAAUCUUGGCAUGAACUCUCUGCCUCUGUUCCUGAUCUCACCGUUCGAGCAGCAAUUUCCCUUUUGCCCAGCCCAACUCGAAAAGUUCAAUUCAUCUCAUUAGGGAAAGAAUCUUUGUUGUCACGCAGCAACUCGAACGUCUUGUACGAUGAGGUCAACCGGUUGUUUACGCUGUCCGACUUUGGGAAUGUUGGUGCCCUCUCCGACGCAAUUUCGAGCACCAGCCCAGCGGCCUCAGUGAGUCGGCAGGAUGCUCCUAGUGAUAAAAGUACCAGAAGCUGGUCAAAGCCUAUCAACAAGUGGCCGAUGUUUUAUAUACGCGUUGAAACGAGCAUUGCUCUUCAGCGAGACAAUGAUGGAUGCGAGCACUUUCCAGAAUCUGACAAGUCAAUUCAACGCAUUGUCGAUGUGCUUGGGGCCAUGGUUUACGAGUUUCUGAAGCAGCACAAUAUGCGACCCCGUACGGCCAAGCGGCAAGCACUUACAUCGGAUCGGACUAGGAGCGUUCGCUCUACAGAAUCCAAUGUUUCCGAAAUGGCUUAUAAUUCCAUGCGUCAGGGUAAGACAGCGUCAACGACUGAAGACGCUUUGAGUGACCGCGUGAAACUUCCAUCGUUUCCAAGACUUCAAUCGAUUAAUUCUGGUCAGAGUUUUACCAAUUGGUCUAGGACCAAAGCCGCACAAGAUCAUCGGGUACAUUUUCCUACUCCGCGGAUUCAGCAUUCGCGUGUUGAAUCCGAAACGAGUGAGCAGGAUAUGCCCCUGGCUACUUUAACUGGGUCAGAAACAGACCGGGACACAGAUUGCCUAGACUUUGAAGUCUCGUCUGGGUUUCCCAAGUCACAGCCCGCAGAUCAAGACAUGACCAGAACGAAGGAUGAUUCUGAUGACCUGUCUGCAAAUAAGAUGAUUACAUGGGUUGAUCCGCAUACAAAAUUAGUCUAUCUCAUCAACUCUCGCACGGGUCAAACGACAAAUCCUCGACAAUCAACGCCUCUUCGGAAUCUUCGUUCCACAGAUUCUCUUGGUGCCUCGUCGAAACUUCCAACACAGAGCUUUUGGGUAGAAAACAUACUAGGCGCAUGGGAGAACCCUGCGUUUAAUCGAACAGAAAUGCCUAUACCAAGUUUGGGUCUAGAUUCUACUGGUGAACGGAAUGGGGCUACUUCACAUGAUUGUUUCAAGGGUAUUGAGUCCCUGGAGACAGCACGGGUUGCGAAACACCGGGGGAAGCUUCGACGUCGUGGUCUCCAAACCGCAGAGGUCAUUGCCCAGGUGGACAAAAAGUUCAUUCUUGCCAAAGUACAUACUGCUGGCCAGGAGCUUGACGGGGAGCAGGGUUCAAACGAUGUUCUGCUUUUAAUUGACCAACAUGCUGCGGACGAGCGAUGCCGAGUUGAGCAGCUGUUUGGCGAUAUGUUUGUUUCUCCCGAUAAAACAGCGAAUCUCAAUCAGGAUACCCAAGUGCGAACUGUUCAAAUCGCUUCUUCAGCAUUUGAAGUCUCAUCCACAGAGGGUGAUCUUUUUCAAAAGUAUAGGAAGUUCUUCUCGGCCUGGGGUAUCCUGUAUACGGCCGAAUUGAAAGCCAAAUCUACUGCUAGAGUAACGGUGCACACUCUGCCUGCACUUAUAGCUGAGCGCUGUCGUCUAGAACCUCAUGUACUGGUCGACUUGAUGAGACGUGAGAUUUGGUCAAGCGAGGAGAAUGAGAAGAAGCCAUUUCGUUCAAAAAGCCCCUUUGCAACUAAAGAGCUGGAACAGGGCUCGGAUUUGUCUGACUGCGAAGAUAUGAUACCCAAACGAAAAACAAAACGCUCUAAUUCCCCUCCAUGGGUUCAGCAGAUGAAUGGAUGCCCUGACGGCAUCGUUGAACUGCUGAAUUCUCGCGCCUGUCGCACUGCUAUCAUGUUCAACGAUCCCCUCAGCAUUGAGGAGUGCCAAGCUUUAGUUGCUCAGCUGGCUCAAUGUGCCUUUCCAUUCCAGUGUGCCCAUGGGCGCCCUUCAAUGGUCCCAAUACUUGAUCUUCGUUCCCUCCCCAACACCACCGCACCCCUGCCUCUGCAUUUGAAUACCAGUGCAACAGGCUCUCACGAUGACAAAACGGAUUUGGACUUCGUGGAGGCGUUCCGGUCUCAGUAUGUAACAUAG